CGCUGGCACUAACACAAAGGCCGAUUUGGAAUUAGAUAUUACGCUUUUUCACUUAUCUUUUUGCUUUCUUUUUUUUCCACUAAAAAGAUAUUUUUAUUUCUCUCUUUUGAAUAUUUUUUCUUCUCAUCGUCCGUCGUCUUCACAAACCAAACUUCUCCACGAAAUAUCUAUCCUUAGCUUUUAUCUCCGACGAAUCUGAGCUAAUCUCUACCUGAAUUUCGAGAAAUUAGAAAGUAAAAAAAAAAAAAAAUGGGAGAAGAAGUGAGGAUGAGCGAUUACGAUGUUUCCGGCGACGGAGAUAGAGUUCUUGAAUGGGAAAUGGGAUUACCAAGCGACGAGGAUUUAGCAUCGCUUUCUUACUCUUUGAUUCCGGCGAAUCUGGCGAUGGCGUUUAGUAUCACACCGGAGCGGAGCCGUACGGUUCAGGAUGUGAAUCGCGCAUCGGAGACGACGCUCUCGUCUCUACGAAGCGGAUCUUCAGGUCCCAACACAUCUUCGUCGAACAAUAACAGCAACGCGGUGGAGGAGGAGGAAGAUCGAGUCGGAUCGAGUAGUCCUGGAUCGGAUUCUAAGAAACAGAAGACAUCGGACGGAGAUGGAGACGGCGGUGGCGGUGUGGAUCCGGAUACAGCGAUGGUGGCGGAGGAAGGAGAUUCAGGAACUGAAGAUCUAUCUGGGAAAACACUGAAACGACCGCGUUUAGUGUGGACGCCGCAGCUGCACAAGAGAUUCGUUGAUGUUGUGGCUCACUUAGGGAUCAAAAACGCGGUUCCGAAGACGAUCAUGCAGCUGAUGAACGUAGAAGGGCUAACUCGAGAGAACGUUGCGUCUCAUCUCCAGAAGUAUAGGCUUUACCUUAAACGGAUGCAGGGAUUGACUAACGAAGGUCCCUCUGCUUCCGAUAAGCUCUUCUCUUCAACACCUGUGCCUCCACAGAGCUUUCAAGACAUCGGUGGCGGUAACGGUAAUGGUAAUGGUCAGGGAAAUGGAUCGGCCGGCCAUGUUAGAGUGCCAAUUCCGGUACCGUAUGGAGGGCAGCCGAUGAUGCAGAUGCCAGUUUAUGCACAUCAUAUGGGUAUGCAAGGGUAUCAUCAUCAAAAUCAAGGUCAUGAUCCUUACCAUCAUCAUCAUCAUCAUGGAGCUGGUGGUGGUGGUGGAUCUGGUGCGUUUGAAUCAAAUCCUUAUAUGAUGCAACAGAAUAAGUUUGGAUCCAUGGCUUCUUAUCCUUCUGUUGGUGGUGGUAGCGCGAAUGAGAAUUAAAAAAACUGAGUCUACAAGAAGAUGGAUUCAAUGUGGGGAAGAAGAGAUAGGUGAGCUUGUUUUUGCUCGUGUUACUCUGAUAAAUAGUGUCUGUUGAGUACAGUUGGAUUCUUACAAGAUUUGAUCGAAAUUUCAUCAAGUUUCUGUGUUUUUUUUUUUAACUAUUAAUGGUAUACAAUAAAAGUCUUAAAGGCUUUUUUUAAUCACUUUGUUUGGUGGUUUUAAGUUUUAACAUCAUCAACUGAGUAGAAUUUGAUUGUAAGAGUCUCGUACUUAGUUGAACCUGUUCUUGAGAAGUAGUAUUCAAAUUGCUCUCAUGUGACUUGAGACCUAAUGUAAAUCCAGAUCAGGUUUGAUUCAUCUAUGGAAUUAUAAACUUGUUCUGCAGAUUGUUUCUUGAGAAUUUUGUGUAUUUAA